GAGGCCGCGGCGUUUGGUUGCACACGGGCUGCAGUUUCAGUUUGUUUUAUUCACCAUUUUGAGUAGCGGAGGGUAAAAAAAAAUAGAAAUAUUUGCGUUGGGAGGACGAGUCGCCACCGUACUUUUAUUUUCACGCGCUAGCUCGGACGGCGGAGUUGUGCGCCAAGCUCGCGCCUAUCGGUGUUUUGCAGAGCGGGAACCAAUAUAUAUUUUUGCGCCUGUGCUGCUUCUUCUCCCCCCCCCCCUUCUUUCUUACAUCCCUAACCUCUACAGUAUCCCUGCAAAAUGGCAAGACCAGUGAGGAACCGGAAAGUGGUGAACUACUCGCAAUUCAACGAGUCUGAUGCAGAUGAGGAGUAUGGCGAUAAGCCCAAGAAGGUGCGUGCGCCCCCCCGCGAGGCCAAGCACAAGCGCUCAAAGAACUCGCAGGAGGACAGUGAGGAGUCUGAUGAGAAAGUCUCCAAACCCAAAAAUGAAUCAGCAGAUGACCUUGGCAGCGAGGUGGAGGACAAUGAAUUUGGCCAGGGGGAGGAAGAAGAUGGAGGAAGUGACUACGAAGAAAAGAAAGGCAAAAAGGUCAAGAAAGCCAAGGUGGAGAAGCCCGCCAAGAGGGGACCGAAGAGAAAACGGCCUGCAGAUGAAAGUGACGACGAGAAGGAAGUGAGUCGAAAGCGCACAGUGCGCCAGGCGGCCUCCAAGGCCGUGUCCAAACAGAGGGAGAUCCUGCUCGGCGACGCGGGCAGCGAGGACGAGGAGCAGGAAGACAAAGAGGAGCCCUAUUUGGACCCUGACGAGUCCGGCAGCGACGAGGACUUCACGGUGGAGGACGAUGACGACAGUGACUACGGCCGCUCCAAGAAAAGGGGCAAGAAGGUGAUCCGACGGGGACGGCCGGACAAGAAGGAGAAGAAAAGCCCCAAGCCCCGACUAAAGGCCACAGUAACCCCCAGCCCGAUGAAAGGAAAGGGGAAGGGCCGCCCUAGCGCCAAGGCCCCGGAGAAGAGCUCACCCAAAGAAGAGGAAGAGGAGGACCCCGAGAGUCCCGUGGAGGAAGAGGAGGAGGAGGCCGAGAAGAAGGAGUCCUCCCCUGCCCCCAAGAAGACGACGAAGGAGGCUGCGGGAGGCGACGAGGAGGAGGAGGAUGAAGAGGAGGAGGACGGCUCAGAAGAGGAGGCGCCCUCUGGAGAAGACUAGAAGAUGGUACCCGCUGAAGCCCAUCCUCCCAUGUCUCUUUCUCUGUCUCUUCUCAAAAGGUUUUGUUUUCUUUCGUUGCUCUGCGUUUAGAUUCUUCUUCUUUUUCGUUGUCUCCUGGUGGCCUGGCUCAAUGGUUUAGACUUGAUGUGCUUUUUGACGUCUUCUUUUUCCUCCCCUCCACCGAGACAUUGUGCUGAUGCUCAUGCAGCGCAUGUAAGGAGUCGCCGCCCUCCUGUCGUGGUCACUUCCAUUCUGCAUCCUCGUGUCAGAGGGUCUUUUCCAAGAGCUCAGUGCGACUGAGUAUCCGUCCUGAGUGAACAAAACCACUUCCCUUGUCUGUCACUGGGAAUCACAGAAGGGAUUACCAGUGACAGCCAUGACUGGCAACGCGCGCUGUCCAGUUUACUUUACUAAUAUGUGCGAUUACUGGGAGUAUUGUGCAGCCGCUUCUCAGUAUCGAGUUGCUGAAGCGCCGUGUUUACAAAGCGACGCUUAAGUCAACACGCGCGGGGCGGACGGCCUUCGCCCUCUCCCUGGUCCCUUGUGCUUUAACAGGGCAGCGUUAGCUCGAUAGUUAUUCUGAAAACCCUGUGCCAUCAGUUGGAGCAGCUUUUCCUUUUUUUUGCUUUGUGUCGUUAGGUCACCCUGUUGGUUUCAGACGGUCUUGGUGCUGAACUCCUGCUGCGGCGUAGAUCGGUUCAAACUAUUUACGGUGAUCUAUGGCGACUAGCGGAGCGGCGGGUCACCGCUGAGUGUUCGCCACAUGCUGCCACUAUCGCACGUUUCAAGCUGGCGUGUGUUUUCACUUGUUCAAGUUGGUAUGCGUGGCUUUAUUUUUCUCUCAGCCCAUCUGAUGCCUAAGUUAAACGGUUUUGGUUGUUGUAUGUCGAGCUUUCUUAACGACGCGCGCGCAAUUACCACGUGACGCAAACCCCGCCCCCUUUCAGAAUACAUGAUCCCCGACCUCCUCGCGUGGCUACAUCAUAUUCUCAGCAUGAAAUUCAACCCCUUGUGCCAGGCAGCCCUAAAUCUUUUAUUUUGUUUUGCUUUUAUUUUUAUGAAAUGCAAGAAGAGAUGUUCUUUUGUUUUUGUUUUGUUUUUGAGAGUUACAAAAAAAACGAAUGUUGGUUUUUCUUCUAUCGGUUCAUUGUUUUAAUUCUCUAUUCUGAUUUUUUUUUUGUAAUGUUUGUUUUUUAAGAAAAGAAAUAAAAUGUAUCUUGAUUUUAAAGAAAAAAAGUUGACCCGAUCAAAUCUGUUUUGCCCAGUGGUUGGACCAGCCAUCCCUCCCUGAUGUUACCUCUGUCCUUUGUUUCACUCAUUCCGUUUGUUUGUCUAUUAAUGUCUUAAUUUUCACUGAGUUCAGUUUUCAGUCGUGGGUCUGAUAUUGUUGGAGGCCUCAGGAUGUAAACUAUCCUCGUGUUUUAGGUCCUUGUUACAAGCGGCAAAUUAGGCUUCGAACACGUCAGCGACUCCUCUGAUCAACAGACCAUCAAAAGCCACAAACGAUCUCAAAACUAGUGACUCUGCGAUCAAGUGCAGACCACGUGAGACUGUCCUCGUUUUGAUGGGAGAAAAAACUAAACUGCUAUUGUGACCGUGGGAACGUAAUAAAAGCAUUUAUUAGGCGUCAGUCGGGAGGAUUUCUGGCUGCAAUACAAAUCAGUCCUGGAUGUGUACAGGACACACCUGAACCGACUAGUCCUCUGUUCUAGAAGCACAUUUAAUUAUUUGACCACAGUCUUUAGCCGCUUUAGUGUGGUUUUUUUUUCUACGUCCAGGUCCUGAAUUGGCACGAAAUCCUCAAUGUCAUUUUAAGACGAUUGGAUAUAGACGAGGACAAAGAAAAAGCUCCGAGAGCUCUGUUCAGAGGAGGAUCGGAUACGGGCCGGUCGAACGUGAACAGAGGCUCCUCUCCAUCAUCCCGCAGGACGCACAUGGCAUAAGGCUGUGAAUUUCUCCUAUCCAUUCGACGAUUUCUUCCGUUGCGUUUUUUUUUCUUUCUGUUAAUUUUUUUCUACCUUCAGUUGCACUGCCGAUGUUAAUGUAAGCAAAGGUGUGGUUCCUACAGGAGACCGCGAGGAGGAGCUUUCUGUCAGUAGUGUGGAACGGGAACGCUGAACUCUAAUCUUUUGCAUGUUGUGGGGGAAAAGUGGAAAUGGCAAUAUUGUGGUCUGACAAAAAAAAAAUGAAACAUGAGUAUUAACAACGACAAUAUUGGUAAUGUUUUGGUUUCCCAGCUUCCAAUAAAGGCAACCUACUUUUUA